AUGAUUACACUUUCCACCAUUUCACAGGUAGAAAUGCCGGUAGAUGUGUACAAAGAUGCCAACGACAGAUUCCGAACCUGGUACUUCCCUUCCCAUGAUUUCACCCUCAGGACCCUCUGGACCAAAUUCCUAGUGGUGGGCACUCAGAGAGUAAUCAACGGUUCAGCUUCUAGCGUGUUCGACAUACACGUUGACAAGAUUGACAUGCAGUGGGCUGAGAAGCUCCAUGAGAUCGACUACGCCAUCAUAUCAGACGGCCACUGGUUCUUCAGAAAAAUGUACCUCUACGAAGGCGAUAAGCUUAUAGGAUGUGUGUUUUGCACUGAUACAAAUGUAACAAAUGUCGGCCUUAGUUUCGCCAUCCGUAGAGCUUUCCAAACUGCACUUAAGUUCGUGAACGGUUGCAAUGAGUGUAGGGACCUGAUCACUUUGAUAAGGACAUUCUCGCCGGCCCACUUCGAACAUGGGACGUGGAAUGAUGGAGGAAGGUGUAAUAGAACCAUGCCAUUGAGUGAAGGGAAGGUGAAUUUAGGAGGGACUGAGUGGGAAGUUAGGAAUGUUCAAGUGGAAGAGGUUGAGAGAGCUAUGAUGAAUGGAUGGAAGAGAUACAGGGUCUUGGAUGUGACCAAAGCCAUGUUAAUGAGGGCUGAUGGACACCCUGGGUCCCACUGGAACAACAAUGGGAUGGACGGCUACAAUGACUGCGUACAUUGGUGCUUGCCAGGGCCCAUCGAUGCAUGGAAUGAUUUGUUGUUGGGGGUGUUGAAGAAGGAACCAUCCCUUCAUUAAGUGUGGUUCAAUUGAUUAUUACAUUGACUCAUUAUACCAUAUAAACAUAUUUUCUUUUACAGGAAAAAAGAUUAAUUGAUUU